AUGGCUGCAUUACUGGAGCUGGAGCAGGACGUGCAGGGGAAAGUGGAUUCAUUUCGAGCCCGCAUCGCGCAGGAGGCCGAGGAUCUGGUGUCCACCUUCUUCCCUCAGAAGCUGUCGGAGCUGGACAGUCGGGUCCAGGAGCUGCGCCUGCAAGACCUGUCCAGAAUCCGCUCGGUGCCCGCCCUGGAGCCCACCGCCGUGUCCGACCCCGUGGGGGACGCGCCCAACCGGGACCCGCCACCGCCGCUGCAGCCCCAGUCCUCGCUCAAGGUGCCGGCCCUGCUUGGGGGCGAGGGACAGCUGCUGCGGAGCAACCAGCAUCUGGUGGAGCUGAUUGAGCGGGUAAAGCCCGAGAUCGAGCUGCUGAGAGAGAAGUGCAGCACGGUGCGGAUGUGGGUGCAGCUGCUCAUCCCGAAGGUGGAGGACGGCAACAACUUCGGCGUGUCCAUCCAGGAGGACACCGUGGACCAGCUGUGGACCGUGGAGAGCACCGCAGCCUCCUCCCUGCGCCGCUUCUCCACCUACUACAACACCAGGGCCAAGCUGGUGUCCAAGAUCGUGAAGUACCCCCAGGUGGAAGAUUACCGCCGCACCGUGGCCGAGGUGGACGAGAACGAGUAUCUGAGCGUGCGCCAGAUCCUGCUGCACGUUCGGAACCAGUAUGCCACCUUGCACGACGUGAUCCUCAAAAACAUCGAGAAGAUCAAAACCCCUCGGACCACCAAUACUGACAACCUCUACUGA